AUGCCAUCAGGAGGAGGAGGAGGAGGAGGAGGAGGAGGAGGAGGAGGAGGAGGGUGCGCGAGGAGACAUUCUUCGAUCCGCUCUACCCGUCGCGUGGCAGCGCCGCGGGGGUCGGAGAAGAGCAACCACUCCACUCCUUUCGUCGCGCGGCACCGCGGCGGGCGCCGACGAAAAAAAUGCUACGCCACUCGCCACGCGGCAGCGACGGGGGGGCGCGGAGAGGCAAAACAGUCCAUUCUAGUCGUCGCGUGGCAGCGCCGCGUGGAGCGAGAGAACUGCUGUGUCACAGCGGCGACUCGGAGGACGACGACGAGAAGGACGACGACGACGGCCAGGACCAGGGAGGCGGCCAACAGUUACAUCCAGUGCUUCUCGUCCUACCGACGUUAA